AUGAGCGAGGACACACCAGGCAGACACCUGAGGGACGAUGACCAAACGUCCAGGGUGGCCCCAGUAUAUUUCACAGAUGCCGAGAAUGUUAAGCUGGAGAUACAGGAGCAGGUGCCGUAUCCUCUGGAAACUUUCUGUCCCGUAGCUGCCUGCUUACAGCUUCUGCCUCAAGCACAGCAGGAGGCCUUCUCUGGCCGGAAGAGAAGGUUUGGCCCCAGAAUGUUGGCUUCCCCUCCCCCAAGCAGCCCUCAGGCGAAGACAGAUGGGAGUUGGAGUACCCCAAGGAGUGUGUUUGCGGGGUCAUAUGGGAAGUGUAUAUUUGACUUGAUAAGGAAGAGCCCAGUUAUCUUCCAGGGUGGUUGUACCACUGGAUGCCCCCCCCCCCCAGCCAUGCAAGAGAGAUCCAGCUAUUCUGCAUUCUUCUUAGCACUUGAGCAGCAUCUCAGACAUGUUGAAAAAGACGUUUUGAUCCCUAAAAUAAUGAGAGAAAAGGCCCGGGAGAGAUGCUCCGAGCAAGUUCAAGAGUUCACGAAAUGUUGCAAGGACUCUGGAGUCCUCAUGGUAGUAAAAUGCCAGAAAGAAAAUUCUGCAUUGAAAGAAUGUCUAACUGCCUACUAUAAUGAUCCAGCCUUUUAUGAAGAAUGCAAAAUGGAAUACCUGAAGGAAAGAGAAGAAUUCAGAAAAACUGGAAUUCCUUCCAAGAGGAGGCUGCAGAAGCUUCCCACAAGCAUGUAGGCGGAAAUUCAGAUGGUCCUCAGGGCCCCGAUACUCAAGGGAAUCACAGGCACCUGCUGUAACGGACUCAAGGAAGUCUCUUUGCUUUAUCCUUAACUAUGGAAAUAACUGUAUUUAAAAUAAAGAUUUUUUUUUGAACUUC